GGAUUUUCUCCUGAUUGAACCUCUGCUAUCGAUUGUUAGUCCCCAAAAGUCUCGUUGGUCUUGUUCCGGGCACUAGUUACGGCCUACGGAAUUCAGUCCAUAGCGAUAUGGACAGCCUUCGGAAGCACUUAGAGUGGGAAUGAAACUUCGACAAGGUGGUGCUUCAGAUGUGAUCUGCACGGACUUCCCACUAACCCUUAUGGAUAGAGCCACCCGGUCUGUUUGUAUCGCACCGUACCGGAAUCUUACAACCUGUCUGUUAACAGUUCUGGACGAGUUAGUACGCAACCCAUAUACGGACUGUUCUCGCUAUGUGAUCACGGCGUGAGGGGAUUCGCCCGCGUAACACCCACGAACAACCAGCCUAAUGCAAUAGAGUAUCGUCUAGAACCUGUAGACUCAUAUUCGGGUCCAGAUUUGCUUCAAGACUCCCCACUGAAAGUGCAGCUAGAGGCGCCUCAUCGACUAACGAUAAUCUUCCACAAUGAAAGUUUGACACUGGAUUCUGACCCGUUCCAAGCGGCGGAAGUGGACAACGAGUCAACAAAUAUUAAACGACCAACGUCGAUCUCAAACCAGGCACCGAUGCAGACAAAUCUAAGCCGCUCGUCAUCCUCAGUGUGGAGCGUGCAAGACGCAGCCGAUACUCACGGCCUACGGGAGAAACCAGCCAUCACCACAUCUAAACGUCGUAUUCCGCGGCACGUUCCACAACAAGCUGAAGCUUUGCUAGCCGAUACAGAAUCAACCACCGGCGAAUCGUGUGAAGAUCUGCAAGCGAAAAACUUAUUCACAAUCAUAUUGCUUGAUUUUUCACAGAAGGUUGAACCAAUGCCCAUCCUGCAUCGGCCGGAUCAACCGCCGCCUCGUAUUCUGGAACUUUACAUGGUGGUAGACGAGGCAUUGGUAAAUUUGUUCAACCGUGAUUACGAUAUGCUGAUCUUUCGUGUGAACUCUUUGAUAUCCCACGUCAACGCACUCUACGCUCCUUUCAAUAUUGCCAUCGUGGUCGUUCGUCUAGAGCUCUGGAUGCAGGACCGUGAUCGUCUGAAUAUCGAAGAACAUCAUAUCCUCCCGACCCUCGCCCAGUUCAAACGAAUGCAUACAACGGUUCGACACGACUGUCUUCAUGCUCUGUUAGGAGAACGCAAGGAGGGCUCUCCAAAUAAAGGCAAGGCGAACUCACACACCAUGUGCGUGUUCUCACGCUGUGUUGGCUACACACGGGAUUCACCUUCGUCUGAUAUAUUGGAAACUGCGCGCACCAUGGCUCACGAACUCGGACACAACUUUGGCUUACGUCAUGACACAGAGGAAUGUAAAUGUCAGAGCUGCAUUAUGGCCACUGGGGUGGAGUUUGGUACCAAUCUAAUGGCUUGGUCUCCGUGUUCCGUGCGUGAUUUAUCCGUGCUACUUGACUAUGGAAUGGGUGUGUGUUUGCAUGACACACCUGUGCACACUGUGGUAGCAAUCAGUGCCUACAAUCAGCCGAGAAAUUUGACCGUAUCCAGUGCGGUUCGCGUGUAUGACUGGACAACGCAGAGCAGCUCGGAAGUUCGCCCCCCAGCACUCUCUCCUAGAUACCGCCAUUCCUCACGGCGGUCCACAGCCACAGAUCGUCUGUGCGGAAAUGGAGUGCUUGAUCCAGGUGAAGAAUGCGACUGCGGUACGCGUGAAUCCUGUCCAAUACAGCUACAGGACUGUUGCGAUGCCCAGAGGUGCCGAUUGAAGCCCGGAUCGGAGUGCGCAGGCGGUCCGUGUUGCAAGAUCCAGCGGGUGCCUGCCACACGGUCUACACUCGAACGGUUUCAGUGCCGUCUCGCACCGGCUGGAACUGUUUGUCGGAAUGAAUCAGGCAACUGCGAUUUGCCCGAAUACUGUGACGGCCUCAGUGGAUGGUGCCCUUUGGACGUUUUUAAAGCUGACGGGAUUCCUUGUUGGACAGAAGAAGGCACAGAGUCAUACUGUGCUCGUGGCGGGUGCCGUGAGGCAGAUAGCUGGUGUCGAGUACUUUGGGGCAAACGUGGCCGGCGUGCUCACCCAUAUUGCUUCGACGAGAAUCACGGUAUCCCCAAAGGUGUACCUGUGGAUCCGGUGGCCAACUGUGGUAAACGUAAACCCCUCUCCGAAGAACGCUGGGAAGAUCCGAAAUCGUGGCCCGGUAUACGGUGUCCAUCUGUGCAAGACGCGGAAUGUGGUCGUUUAUGGUGUCAUCACCAGAAUGAAAAAGCGAUGAUACUUGGUUGGAUAGAGUCACAAACCCGAUAUUUGUCUUCUGUUGAGCAGUCCUGUUCCGCCUUGGUUUAUGAUCCAGUCUGGCCCGCCUCCGACCCUUCCACUUGGGAUGCUAGCAAGAAGCGACAAAUGAACUUGAACGUCGCCGGUGUUGGCCUUUUAAGUGCUGUCACACAAGACGCUGGAAUGGUACCCGAUGGCACCCCGUGCUCCAGAGGAAUGUGCUACAACGGUUCGUGUGUUCCUCAUUCCGAGAUCAGAGCUCGAUUCCAAUGUGACUGUCGUGGUCAUGGCAUUUGCAACAACCUUGGGCAUUGCCACUGUGACCCUGGAUUUCACCCCCCAGUUUGCGAGUUUGGUGGCGAUGGAGGAAGUGUGGACAGCGGGCCGCCACCGUCGGACUUGAUACCGAAGCCAUCACUGGUCAUCGGGAUUUCUCUGCUUGUGUUUUUUGGACUACCCCUGGUGGUUUUCACAGUCUACUGUGCUAUAUAUCAUCGGUGUCGAUGGAUACCGAUUGGCGCUGAUCCCAUGAUCCCAACCAAGUCAGGCCUACGGACACCGUUCGACAGAGGGCUCCUUCCGUGUAUUCGUCAGUGUUGCAGACGAGCUGGAAACAAGCCAAGAGGUGUUUCCUAUAUCGCCGGCGAUGCCAGUUACCCGGCGAUUCACAGGAAUGCACAUCAGCCCAGUUCCUUACACGUCCGGUCUAAUAGACGAUCUAACGGUGACAAACUUAUAAGGGUAGUAGUGAACCCCGUGCAGAACGGGACUAUUACUUCAGUUUCAAACAAUGACUUGAAAUCGAAUGGGCUCAAGGUGACAAAAAUGCAGAACAGGCGCUACCAACCUCCCCCCAUGGCACCGAAGCCUCUUGGAUUGAUCACGGUGAACGGGUACAAGUCUAACUGCAAUGCCUUCACGGCACCUGAAAGGCCCAUGAACUGGACGGACCACAACGAACAGAACCCGAUGUUCAGUAGCCGAGCUAAUCAUGAACUUGACAACUGCAAUGGUUAUGUGAAAAAAUCAGACUGCGCACGUACCAACCUCCACUGCUCGGGUAAUGCGCAAAAGCCCAUCACCGGAUUGUUACAACAAAGGUCCAUCCAAAUCAUUGAAGGAAAGCCGAAAUCGCGGAACAACGAUGCUGUUCCAUCACCAAUUUCUCACGAUUCCGAGUCAAAGGAUCGCCAAACCAUUGACAUUUCUGAGCCACAUCUGAAAGACAUGACUUAUCGAGGGCCUAUCUGUUCACUAUCCGAAGCUCUGAAUACGCUUCGUCGAGGUGAUCAAGUUUCGUCCAUCGAACCGAGUCAGGUGGCUAAAAAGCAAAGACGAGUGGUGAGGCGACCUUCCCGGUUGAAAACACUCGACUAUGGAUCGUUGCUGAAGAAGCCCUCUUUUAGACGCACCCAGUCACAACAUCGUGAACCGUCAAUGUCCCAGGUGCAACCAAGGUGGGAUAUUUCAGCGCCUCGCUUGGAGAGUACCACCUACACUGAGUCGUUGAAUGACCUGGAUACCGCACGAAUGCUCAUCUCGCGCUAAUUUCGCGCAGGUGACUAAGUCCUCCUUCCACAUGCAUUUGCUUUUUUCAUACAGAUUUCCGUCAUUCCAAGAAAACAAUUACAAUACAUUUGGUUGCUUUUACUUACAUUUCCGCAUGCGGCUAUUCUCUUUCCCGAUAGACCGCCUGUUCCUAGAUGUUUUUCUGUUUGCCAUCAUGCCUUCCUGAAACAAGAACACUUCCACACAGUAAAACUACAUUGUUGUUUAAAUUGAUCGCCCUUUCCGACUGUCUUUCUCCUCCGCAACUGGUCAAAUGUGCCCAAUUACAUGAUUUAACACUAACGUCGUAAUUCAACCACAUGAUAUCCAUCCGACCUUUCUUCCCAUUCAAUGCAGUCUUUGUGAACUGCAGUCACCAACGAAUACCCUAGUGAAUGUUGCAUUUUGAUACCUAUUCCCCCUCCCUUCGGCAGGGUUAGCAGUCCAUUUAGCAAGUGCUCACAUUCUAUCGUGCAAACGCGAUUAGCGGUUUGUAACUAGAAGUGUUUUAAUCCACAUGGCGUGAAAAGCGUAGCCUUCUUUUUUAUGGCUGCACGGAUCUACGCUUUCAGCUGUUUUUCCGUUGUUUCUUUUUGCUACCAGGGCUUAUUACCGCUAGUAUGGUUGGUGCUUUUACCGUUCCCAACCCCCCCUCUUUUUUGGCACACACACACACGCGCACCAGAAUUUUUCACUUUUAAUUUUGUAAUUCUAAUGUCUGUGAUUAUUAAUAUGUGACUUGUGCAACANGGCUUAUUACCGCUAGUUUGGUUGGUGUUUUUACCGUUCCCCCCCCCCCCCCUCUUUUUUGGCACACACACACGCGCACCAGAAUUUUUCACUUUUAAUUUUGUAAUUCUAAUGUCUGUGAUUAUUAAUAUGUGACUUGUGCAACGAACAAU